GCUCUGCCAUUAUCUGCAUGACAUUGUUGCCAUGCUGCUUUCUUUUUUGUUUCCAUCCCCAGCAUUUUUAGCUGUUUGUAGCCGCCAUUUGUUUUUUUUCUACCGCAGCAGCUGCAGCUUGCCCUCGCCGCCGCCGCAGCCGCUGCUGCUUCCUGCUACCCCUGCCGAUCCUGGACCGGGGCGCGGUCGCCGUGCCGCCCGAGGCGGUCUCGCGGCGGACGCCCCUGCGACUCUUGCCCGCGCGCAGGAUGGCGGAGGGAUCCGGAGGUGCUGGGCCACGCUGCCGUGGGCCUGCCGCGUCGGUGAGCUCUGCCGGGGGCGCCUCAGCGAGCUCCAGUGACGCGGCUGUGGGGGAGGGCCCAGCGAAGUGGCCGAAGCUUCCUGGGGGCAGCGGGGGACCGCGCAGCAUAGGUCGCGCCUCUGAGUGGCUCGGGGCGCUCGGGGAGCGUCCCCUGACGAUGGCGCUGCACCUGGUGGCCGUGCUCUUGCUGAUGUGGCACCUCGUUCCUGAGAACGGCUUCGUGCCGCAGGAGCCGCAGUGGGCAGCGUUCCCUGCGCUGGCGCUCGCGCACGGGAGCCUUAAGCUCCUGAGGCUGGCCUUGCGCUGCAUCGCUUUCGUGGUCCCCGCGCUGCGGCCAGCUCUGUGGCAGGGCGUCUCGCAGAGUCCGUUCGGUACGCAAGCCUGGGAGAUGGUGCUCGAGAGCGGCCUCGCGACGAUAUGGCCGACGCAGGGGCUCACGAGCGUCGCCUUCAUCUCGUUCUUCCUGGCCCGGACGUUCACGAUACCCUGGCUCUGGAUGGAGGCCGUCGUGGGACUCCGUGUCUACGACGGGCACUGCGGCGUCGUGGCCAUGGGCCAGGGCCUGUUCAUCCGCUCCUACUGGGCCGUGGGCUCCCUGAUCGGGCUCCAGUACCUCAGGGGGCUGGAGGCCGAGGGACGCGGGGAGCCACGGGCGCCUGGCGGCGGCCUCUCCCUGCACCCGAGGAUGGUGCUCGCAAGACCGUGCGGUGGAGGCCUCCUCUUCUCCUCCGCGUCCUCCUCCCCGGAGGCCAGAAUGGGUAAGGGGGCAGGUGGUGACCUGGGGCGGGGGAGGCCCCCCCCCCCCGCCCGAGGAAAGGCAAACCUGGAGGAGGUCGCGUGGAUCGGCGACGGGUGCCGCUUCCCAGCAGAGCCGAUGCGUUCCUUUGCCAAAUGAGGCGGGACUGGCUUCGUGCUCCUGGGGGUGUCUUCCCCGAUCCGCGGAUCUGGCGCCCGCGCGCCAGAUCCACGGAUACGUCAUCUGUGUGGGCGUGUGCCCGAUCUGCCGCGUCAGCUCCCGCCAGGAUGUGGAGGAUGGUCCAGUCCCCCUUCUUUCACCGACACGCGUGCACCGCCAUGCUCGCCUGGCUCCUGAUGAGCGUGCUGGAGUGCUUCAAGCUGUACCACUGGGAGGCCGGCGUGCCCGCCAGCAGUCAGGAGCUGGACGCCUUCCGCUACACGAAGGCCUUCUUCUCGCAGUAUACGAAAGCUCCACGAAACGCCCACUCGAGCAGCGGCACUUGUCCCGCGUGGUGGGCGGGAAUUGGCGCGAGGUCUUCUAUCUCGGGUCAUGUUCUUUCCUAAGUCGUCACUGCUCCUCGCGGCGACGACCGCGCUGAUCAUCACGACCGUGCGGUCUUCCAGGUCGAGGGCGGUCCCGUGGAGGUGGCUCCGCGCCGUUGCGUGCGGGUUGCUGCUGGGAAUCGGGUCGUACGUGCUGUGCCUCUCGGCGCACCAGCUGCAGUUCCUCUUCUUGUGCCUGCUGGUGAGCUGGGAAUGCCACCACCUCCAGGAGAGGUGCGAAGCUUUCCAGGACAGCUUCGAGGAGCUCUCCAGCCAGGACCGAGUCGAGCGGCACCGAGAGCUUGGCAGCAGGCUGGAGUGGACGGGCAGGAGGCUCCAGCCAGUCAUCCUGUUCUUGGUGUCGGAGCGAGCUCUCCAAAUGAGCUUCGACGUGGCCCGGUGGCGCUGCGAGUCCUCUCCUUUCACCCUGCUGCACUACGUCUUCCGGCACAUCGUGCGCACGCUAGGUGUUUUGGUGGUGAUUUGGCGCAUCGGGCGCCUCAAUGCCAGCAUGUACGACGAUCUCAUCGGCGAGGUUAAGUUCCGGCUAAUAUGCUGCCAUCAGUGCCCUGGGCUCGGAAGCGAGGAGCGGUGCUGGCGCCGCAAGGAGCUGAAAGAUUGGGCCGCGUACCUGCAGCACAGCAGCAGUGGCCGUCGCAAAUACUGCCUGCGCGUGUUCGGCUUCCAGUGCUGCCUUCAUCCACAUACGACAGCUGCCUGGGCCGUGACGCUCGCGCUGAUACCGGCUGCCCAGAAGCUCUUCGGCUUGCUGCCAGGGCUGUAGCACAGCGGUGUGCCACCAUUAUCCGCCAUCAUCUCCGCC